AUGGCACCGGCUCCAGCGGGAACCAAGCGAAGACGGGUAGAAGACGAAGUCCGACCCAAGAACAAGGCGAAGAAGCACUUCAAAAAGCAGAAGAAGUACCACAGUUCUUCGGAAGACGAAGAGGAUGAGCCUGCGGGCAAGCUACAGAGGGCCUCAGAUGUACCCAGACCGACCAAAGAUGCGUCGCGAAUACAGCCCAAGUUCUCUAUGAAGGCGAGCAUGCCAGCGGGAAAAGCGAAGGCAACAUCGAGGACUACACCCAAAUCGAUUCUGAAGCAGUCGGAACCUGUCGCAGAAGCCGCGGAAAGCUCGGCAGAUGACAGCGACGACGAAGAGGAUGAUCUGGAAGUCGACGAAUUGGAAAAGAACACCGCGCUCAACGCACUACAAAACGAGGACUCAGAGGACGAAGACUCAGAAGAAGACGAAGAGGAAAACGACGAACCCAACCUCGACUCAACAUCAGACAACGACGACGACGAUGCCGCAGCAUCAGACUCCCCAACCUCCAGCCAACCCUCAACCACGACCAGCUCGAAGAAGAAACGCAACGACCCCACAGCCUUCGCAACUUCCAUCCAAAAACUCCUCUCCACGAAACUCACAACCUCCAAACGCUCCGACCCCGUCCUGUCCCGCUCCAAAUCCGCCGCAGAAGCGAAUAAGACCCUGACAGAUCAGAAACUGGAACAGAAAGCUCGCGCGCAGAUUCGGGCGGAGAAGAAACAGGUGUCGGAGAGGGGCAGGGUGAAGGAUGUGUUGGGGCUGCAGACGCCGGAUGUGGAUACUGGGGCUGUGAUGGAGGAGGAGAAGCGGUUGAAGAAGACGGCGCAGAGGGGUGUGGUGAGGUUGUUUAACGCGGUGCGAGCGGCGCAGGUGAAGGCUGAAGAGGCGAGGAAAGAGGCGCGGAAGGAGGGGAUUGUGGGGAUGCAGAAGCGGGAAGAGAAAGUGAAUGAGAUGAGCAAGCAGGGGUUUUUGGAUCUGAUAAGUAGUGGUGGGAAAGGUACUGCUGCCGCGUGA